GUCGUAUCCCACAACCGCCGAACGCACCGCUCAGCGUGCGACUGCUCGGCUCUCUCUCUCUCUCUCUUGCGUUAGAAGUGCAUCUGUCUCACUCGCGUUUCCUCCUGCUCUCGCCCUCUUUCCUUUUUUCCACGCACCUGUGUUUCCUCUGUGAACAUUUGUCAGUUUUACAAUUUGAAGGCACCGCGAAGCUCGGAAGAGAACAAGGAGAGCGAGGUCAUCGUGUCCUGCCUGAAUUCAUCUUACAGUCAUGAAGAUGCUGAGAAUAUCCUUGGUUUUUAUUUUGUUGGCGCUGGCGCUGUGCGCAGUCCGCUCGGGAAAAGUGAACAAACACAAGCCCUGGAUUGAGACGUCAUAUCACGGAGUAAUAACAGAGAACACAGACACCGUCCUGUUAGAUCCUCCACUGGUGGCCCUUGACAAGGAUGCGCCCGUGCCCUAUGCAGGUGAAAUUUGUGCGUUUAAGAUCCACGGGCAGGAUGCCCCAUUUGAGGCCGUGGUUUUGAACAAGACGUCCGGCGUCGGCCUGAUCCGGGCCAAGAGCCCCAUCGACUGCGAGCUGCAGAAGGAGUACACCUUCAUCAUCCAGGCCUACGACUGCGGAGCCGGGCCCAGCGGCAGCAGCUGGAAAAAGUCACACAAGGCGGUGGUGCACAUCCAGGUGAACGACGUGAACGAGUUCCCCCCGGCGUUCCGGGAGCCGGCAUACCGCGCGGCGGUGACGGAGGGCAAGAUCUACGACAGCAUCCUGCAGGUGGAGGCUGGGGACCAGGACUGCUCGCCGCAGUACAGCCAGAUCUGCAACUACGACAUCGUCACCCCGGACACGCCCUUCGCCAUCGACCGCAACGGCAACAUCAGAAACACAGAGAAGCUGAGCUAUGACAGGCAGCAGCAGUACAAAAUCAUGGUGACCGCGUUCGACUGUGGGCAGAAGAGGGCAACGGAGAGCGUACUGGUGCGCAUAGACGUCAAACCUGUCUGCAAACCUGGCUGGCAAGGCUGGAGCAAGCGAGUGGACUAUGAGCCAGGGACUGGCAGCAAGCAGCUUUUUCCCAAGAUGCACCUGGAGACGUGCGAUGACCCCCUGUCUUCAGUGAGAGCCACAGUAGAGCUGCAGACCAGCCAUAUUGGAAAGGGCUGUGAUCGAGAGACCUACUCUGAGAAAUCCCUUCAGAAACUGUGUGGGGCUUCAUCUGGAAGCACAGACCUGCUCCCAGCCCCCAGCGCCUCCACCAAUUGGACCGCCUCCCUGCUGACAGACAGCGGCCGGGACAGCGACCUCAUCUUUCGCUUCGACGGGCAUCAGGCAGCCAAGAUCCCAGACUGGGUGGUGCCGCAGAACCUGACAGACCAGUUCACCAUCGCCACCUGGAUGAAGCACGGGCCGAGCCCGGGCCUGCGGGCUGAGAAGGAGACGCUGCUCUGCAACUCCGAUAAAACCGAAAUGAACCGCCACCACUACGCUCUCUAUGUGCACAACUGCCGGCUGGUCUUCCUGCUGAGGAGGGACUUCACCCAGGUGGACACCUUCCGGCCCGCUGAGUUCCACUGGAAGCUGGAGCAGAUCUGUGACAAGGAGUGGCACUACUACGUGAUCAAUGUAGAGUUUCCUGUGGUGACGCUGUAUGUGGACGGCGUUACCUACGAGCCUUACCUGGUGACGGACGACUGGCCCAUCCACCCCUCCCAGAUCGACGUCCAGCUGACAGUGGGAGCCUGCUGGCAAGGUGGCGAAGUGACGAAACCGCGCUUCACCCAGUACUUUCGUGGGAGCCUGUCUGGGCUGACCAUUCGCCCAGGCAAGAUCGAGAGCCAGAAGGUCAUCUCUUGCCUGCAGGCCUGCAAGGAGGGCCUGGACAUCAAUUCCCUGGAGAGCUUGGGCAAGGGCAUCAAGUUCCACUUCAACCCGGCCCAGUCCAUCCUGGUCAUGGAGGGAGACGACCUGGAGAACAUGAACAUGGCCCUGAAGAAGGUGUCUUACAUCAACUCACGCCAGUUCCCUACGCCGGGCAUCCGCCGCCUCCGUAUCUCCACCUCUGUGCAGUGUUUUGGGGAGGACACCUGCAUCUCGAUCCCUGACAUCGAGGCGGUGGUGAUGGUGCUGCAGCCCAGCGAGCCCCGCAUCACUAUCACGGGCACAGAGCGGCUGGUGCGGCCGGCCGCUGACCUGCGCAGCCCCGCGGGUCUGCCGCUGUUCCAGGACCUGCACAUCAUCAGCACCGUCACCAAGAAUGACGCUCCUGCCCACAGCACAGUCCGCAGGCUGGGAGUGCUGGAGGAGAUCAUCCACAACCUGGACUACUGCGACGUGCUGGUGAUCGGGGAGGAGCUGAACCCGGAGCGGGAGAGCCUGGCGCUCCACCACAGCUCCCUCCUGGGGAAGCACCUGGACGCCACCAACUCCACCUCCGGCAUCUCCAUCUAUGGUGUGGACUCCAUGUCUAAUUAUGAGCAGGUGAUUAGGCAAGUGAGGUACCACAACUGGCACGCGGCAGACCUGUCAGAAAGGAAGUUCCGCCUCACCUGUUCAGAGCUGAACGGCCGCUACACCAGCAACGAGUUCAACCUGGAGGUCGGCGUGCUCCACAGUUCGGGGACCGCGGAUCAUGCCAGUCACAUGGCAGCCCAGCCCCAGUACCUGCAGGCCAUCCAUCAUCCUGUCAUGGCUCACAGCCUAAGCUCCACCCACCACUCAGCUAUCCCUAGCGCAGCCACCGUGGUCAUCGUGAUGUGCAUCACUGCCCUGGUAGUCAUUGUGGUCCUGGGCAUCUACCGCAUCCACGUGGCCCACCAGCAGAGCUCCAGCAGCGGGGACAGGACCAAGGACGGGGACAUGGACUGGGACGACUCGGCGCUCACCAUCACGGUCAACCCCAUGGAGAACUUUGAGGAGCCGCAGCCUGCUGACGAGGAGGCCAGCGAGGAGGAGGAGGAGGAAGAGGAGGAAGAUGAAGAGGAGGACGAGCUCGAAGACGACAUCACCACUGCGGAGUCUGAGGACAGUGACGAAGAGGAGUCGAGAGUGGCCAGAGUGCCGCAGGAGAGCAAGAGAAGGGGCCAGCUGGAGUGGGACAGCUCCACAUUGCCCUACUAGUCACAACAACAAACACAUUCACAAGUUCUACUCCUGACUCUGAGGUUACUGGUUCAUUGGCAAGUCAGCUCCUCAGUAGUAUGCUUUUUUCCCAAAUUUAAUCUGUUAACACUAAAAUUUAAGUAAAUGUUGCCCUCUGCUGGUGUUACAAGUGUACUGCACC